CAGCAUCGGCAGCAUCGGCAGCAUCGACAGCAUCGGCAGCGUCGGCGAUCAUCCAUGCCGAUAGCCCCGCGCGGCUUGGGCCACCCAAACAGCCCUGUGCACCAGAAUGCGGCACGGCACAAAUCGCCAGGGCCCUGGAUCCAGUGGCCAGUCCCAGCCCCAGCACCGCCCAUCAUCCAUCGACCCCUGUAUGUCGCCGUCCGACGCACUGGCAACCCACCUGUGCCGCCCCGGGUGCCCGGCCUUGCUGUGGUCCGAUCACCAGAAGCAGCCACAGCGAUCAUGGCGAUUGUGCACACAGACGGCCACAUGACGCCGCUCAUCCAGCAUCAGGGCAGGCACAAUCCACCGGGCACAACCCACCGGGCACAUGCCCAGCCAGAAGCAGCGCCCACGGCCGGGCAUGCGCCGGGAAUGGAGCAUGCGACGGCGCUGUGUCGCUGAUGGCCGAUUGCCAACGGAGCGACGCCGGCAUUGGUGUGGGUGGAGCAGCGACAGGACAGGCAGCGGCAGGCCCGGUGUGCCCAGAAGCCAAAGAAGUAAAGACCGAGCCUGUUGCACACACCGCUCUGCAGAGCCCUUCGUCUCGAUCGCUCUUCUGGUCCUCACGCCGACCCAGCUCCCCCAACCGACCCACCACCCAACGACUGCCGCCACAGCCAAUGUCACUGGAAUAUACCAUCGUCGACACAUUUCUGCCCUCGCCCGGCACUGCCUUUGCGGGAAACCCAACGGCCGUCGUCCGGAUCGUCUCGAGCGCGGUCUUCCCGCCUGACUCUGUUCUGCAGGCAAUUGCCAUCGAGUUCAACACGGCGGCAACGACCUUUGUGAUGGAGCAUCCCGAUUCCACCACCGGCCUGCCCGUAUACUCGAUCCGGUGGUUCACGCCCCAGUACGAGAUCAUCCGAUUUUGCGGUCACGGCACCAUGGCUGCCUCUCACUGCGUUUUCAGCCAGACCGCCAUUGGCGACGAUGUCGACCGCAUCCAGUUCGUUGCUGGCAACCAGGAGCGCUACUUUACCCAUCGACGAGGACGGCAGUUUGAGUUUGAGUUCCCGGCCUACGUCGUCGAGGAACUCUCCCCCGAUGAGACCCAAACGCUCCGAUCCGUUGUCCUGCGUUCCUGUCCCGCGUUGUCGGCAGCCGACCUGCUCCACAUCUCGGUCAGCAACGGCCGACGGGAUAUCCUUGUGGAGAUCGCCAAUGACGUCGACCUCGGCGGCCUGCACGUCAACUGCUCGGUCCUGGAGUCUGUCGAGCAAACCCGGAUGACCUUAACCAAUACUUGGAAGAACGGAUCCGUGCCAGAGGCCGACAUCUGCUCGAGGGUGUUCUACAAAACCGGAGAAAAUCCCGUCUGCGGCGUUGCGCAUUCGUCGCUGGCCGUGUACUGGUCGCCCAGGCUCGGCAAGACCAGUCUGGUGGCCUUCUCUGCCUCGGCACGUCGGGGCCGGCUCGAAGUCAGUCUCGACACCGCGCGGCAUAUGGUGGCUCUGCGGGGCCUCGCAGGCUCCGUCAUGACCGGCACCAUCCUCUUGAAUUGGACGUGUACCGACCAGUAUGCCCGAAGCCAGCACAAGGUUGUACUCGAAAAGUGAUGUGGUGAGGGAGAACAGCUCCGUCUGCGACAUGGGGGCAUUGUGUCGGUCAGCUGCAUCGCACGAGCACGGAUGUCUCGGGGAUAUCGACCACAGGUUUCUCAUCAGCGACGGAGACACGAGGAGACGCUGAUAUUGGGAGUUACAUGGGCGUCCGCAAAGGUGUCCAGAUACAAUACAGGAAUAUAAGAUGCA